CUAAAACCAUUAAAUAUAUCCCCGAUUCUUCCGAUAUCUUCCGACCAGCGUCGAGGCUUAGUGACUGCUAUCUCUUAUCUUAAGCUUCGAAGGGUAAUUUUCGUGUUGGCUGAUGCUUCUGAAGAAGUAUUCCAAAUUUGAUGUCAACAUGAAAGUCGUUAUUGAAACUCCAACUCGCAACAGGACUCCAUGGGAAGCUGUGUACGCUUUUCGGCAGGGCCGAAAACUUGUGAAACCAACAUUCCAAGGAAGAGUUUACAACUUUCUAGAAAGACCAAAAGACUGGCGAUCCGUUUCAUAUCACUGUUUUAUAUAUUUCACCAUUAUUGCAUCCAUGUUACUGAGUGUUUUGACAACAGUAGCUGAAAACAAAGUGCCAUACUCCAAAGCUGUAUUUGUAGUUGAAUUCGUGCUCGUCACCGUCUUCGGUGUGGAAUAUCUAGCCAGGGUCUGGUCAGCCGGAUGCCGAAGCAAAUAUUUAGGAUUUUGGGGCCGAUUGAAGUUUGUCACUCGACCCAUAUGUAUCAUAGAUCUCGUCAUCAUCAUUUCUUCUUUCUUUGUGAUAAUUAUUGGUUCGGAUGGGAGCAUGUUCGGAGCUCAAGCAGCUAGGGGCAUACGUUUUGUGCAGAUUCUUCGGAUGCUUCACAUAGAUCGUGAAGGGGGCUGUUGGCGAUUACUAGGAUCUGUUAUAAUGGAGCACAGACAAGAAAUGUUCACCGCUCUUUACAUAGGGUUUUUAGGCUUAAUAUUCUCAUCCUACUUCAUGUUCCUCAUAGAAAAAGACGCCAUCAUUGACAACAUGCCAUCUACGCAGUUUGCCACUUACGCUGAUGCACUGUGGUGGGGUGUUGUGACCAUGAUGACCAUUGGAUAUGGUGAUAAAGUUCCUCUUACCUGGUCGGGGCGUUUAUUAGCGUGUGCUUCAGCUUUACUCACAGUUUCGUUUUUCGCUCUUCCAGCUGGUAUUCUUGGCUCUGGUUUUGCUCUAAAAGUACAGCAACAACAAAGGCAAAAGCACUUUAGUCGUCAAAUUCCUGCUGCAGCAACUCUUAUCCAGACUCUGUGGAGAUGUUAUGCCGCUGAUAAAAAUUUCACGUCAGUAGCUACCUGGAAAAUCCACUUGAAAAGUCCAGUCAGCUCGAACACUAAGUACAACAAAACCAUGGCUGCUUUAAGAAGGCGACGGCCGAAGUCGAAAAUGGAGAUGGAAAAGAAUGAUUAUAAUGAGCGUAAAACGUACGGAGAGAUAGCUGUAAAUCUUGAAGCGCCCAAAUCAGGCCUCCACCAAUCUAGAAGUGUGCCAGACAUGAUGAUUUCGCUGCAUGAUGACUUACUGAAGAAAGAUGGCUCGCCAAAUUCAAAGCAUCAGGCAAUGUAUCCUAAUGAUGAGUACCCUUCAGACAAUGUGUUUGAUGACGACCCUGCUGAUCCAAGAAGUUUAACUCAACUUUCUGAAGCACACAAAAAUGCCAUACGAGCUCUAAGAAAAAUUAAAUACUUCGUUGCCAAAAGAAAAUUUCAGCAAGCUCGUAAACCUUAUGAUGUUGGGGAUGUUAUAGAGCAGUAUUCUCAAGGACAAAUAAGCAUGAAUGUUAGACUAAAAGAACUUCAUAGGAGAAUGGAUCAGAUGCUGGGUAAAUCUGGAAGCCUGUUACUUGGAAGAAACGGGAAACCUACAACGAUUGGAGAAAAGCUUCAGCAAAUGGAUCAGCAAAUGCAAAACAUGGACAGAAAAAUGGAUAGCAUCAAUAUUGCUGUGCACACUAUUGCAAGAGAGCUUCAGACCAUAUUGAAAACUGAAAAAUAACCUAAUGCUUCCAGUACAAGAAGUACAGUAACCUGUUUUCAGUAUUAUAAUAACAAUGCUGAUCUGGAUACUUGGAGUACCAAUACUGUUUUACUUCCACCACUUCUAAAAUUUCUAACAUUUUACAAUUUUUCUAGAAAUUGGACUUUUAAUGUGAUUUUUAAUCUUGAUCAAUAUACUGUAACAAAUAAUGUUUAACGUCACGUGUUAACAUUUCAUGUUUAGAAUUUGAAAUUCUGAAUGUUUCGCAUGUUUUAUAGCUGUGAUAACCAAUUUUGCCAUACAUCAUUUUGUACUUGUACAGUUAUGUUUCGAAUUUGUGAUUUGUCAAAAUGUUAUAGUUUAUGUAUUAUUGUGUAUGUCUUUUUACGACAUUUAUUUGAAGAACAUAGUUGUAUAUAUGUAAGUUUAAGAA